CACUGGCCUCUGGACUAACCAUCUUCUCUCAUCCCUCCUCUCUCCCUGCAGCUGAAGGCAGAUGUUGUCCCAAAGACAGCAGAGAACUUCCGGGCCCUGUGUACCGGGGAGAAGGGCUUUGGCUACAAAGGCUCCACGUUUCACAGAGUGAUUCCGUCCUUCAUGUGCCAGGCUGGCGACUUCACCAACCACAACGGCACAGGGGGGAAGUCCAUCUACGGAAGCCGCUUUCCCGAUGAGAACUUCACACUGAAGCACGUGGGGCCAGGUGUCCUGUCCAUGGCAAACGCAGGCCCCAACACCAACGGCUCCCAGUUCUUCAUUUGCACCAUCAAGACAGACUGGUUGGAUGGCAAACAUGUUGUGUUUGGCCACGUCAAAGAGGGCAUGGAUGUUGUGAAGAAAAUAGAAUCCUAUGGCUCCAAGAGCGGGAAGACAUCCAAGAAGAUUGUCAUCACGGACUGCGGCCAGUUGAGCUAACCCCUGUGGCCAGGGUGCUAGGCCCGCAGCAGCUGCACCUGGGAGCCGACUCACCAGGUGGCUGCCUCGGGCUCCCGGUGGAGGCUCCCGCAGAGGUGCCUGUGCUUGCUCCAUCGCCAUGUGCUUGAGGGAGGCAUCUCGGAUGUCAGAGCUCCCCCGGCCCCCCAGGCUGCUUCCUCAGUGCCCGCCCUUCUUCAGGACCCUGUCUGGGCCCCCGUUGUGGACAUCAUGUCACUGCUCCUCAUCAGGCAUCGGUUGUGGCUGUCUAGCCCGAGUACACACGUGCCUUGGACAUUGCGGGGUGGUGAUGGGUUCUGAUUUCUGCCUUUUCCUUGAUCAAGGGGGAAAGCCAGAUGCUGCAAAAAAGAGGCUGUGAAUGUCUGUAAUGAUAUCUUCCUAAUAGGAAUAAUUUAGUUAACAAGACUACCUGGAGAUGAAGCUGUGACACUAACGACUCCAUGCUGUGAGGUGGCCCCGGCCACAGACCUCCAGCGCGUGGCCUCUGGGACGCAGCCAGGGCUUCUCUGAAGGGUCUCAUGGCCCAGGCCUGGCCCAGCCCCCGGGAAUCCCGGCGUCUUGUUGCUGUUUCUGAGAGUCUGUGGGGCAGAAGCAGAUGAACCUGGGAACCAGGCCAUUGUGAGCUGAGCCUAGUCAAUGUGAAUGCCUGGGUGGAAACUGAAAACGGCCCACGAGUACCGUGGGCUCUGGGAGAAAGUAAAUGUGUGUUUCCUGGUGGGCUUUGGUUUUUCUGUAUUUAAUAAUCAGUAAUUUGAAUCUACUGAUGAUGUGUAGACUUCAGGGACAUGUAUUUGUGAUCUCCUUAAAUGUGAAAAUAAACCCUAUUUUCUAUAAAGA